UAUUAACUAACACGCAAUUUUUUCAUCAUAUUUUACGAUGAUAGAAUUAUUUUCGAGACAUGUGAUAUUGCCAUCAAACAUUCGCAAUUGCGUCUGGAAUUAUACAAUAAGACAAUUUAGCGAUUUUGUAAAAGUAGUCGAAGUUGGACCUCGAGAUGGAUUACAAAAUGAGAAAAAAAUACUGCCUACCAAAGUCAAAGUCAAUUUUAUUAAUAAACUGUCAGCUACCGGAUUGAAAAGCAUCGAAGUUACCAGCUUCGUAUCUCCAAAAUGGAUUCCUCAGAUGGCAGACAAUCAGCAGGUCUUUCAACAAAUUGAAAAACGAAGCGAUGUAUCUUAUCCAGUACUAGUACCAAAUCUGAAAGGCUUAGAGAGUGCUAUUGCAACAGGUGUGAAAGAAAUCGCUGUAUUUGGUGCAGCGUCAGAAACCUUUUCCAAAACUAAUAUCAAUUGUUCCAUCGAAGAAAGUAUAAGAAAUUUCAAAGUGGUAGUGGAGGAGGCAAGAAAGCAUGGCAUCAGAACUCGGGGUUACAUAUCCUGCAUUGUUGGCUGUCCCUACGAAGGUGAAACCAAACCGGCUACCACAGCACAUUUAGCUUCGAUAAUGUUAGAUCUUGGAUGUUAUGAAAUUUCUCUGGGUGACACCAUAGGUGUAGGGUCUCCAAGGAAGAUCAAACGUGUCUUAAAUGAACUGUUCCAUGUUUCAUCAAACGACAUGAGUUAUUAUGCGUUGCACUGUCAUGAUACUUAUGGCCAGGCCUUGAUGAACAUAUACAUGGGUCUUGAAAAUGAUAUAAGAGUCUUUGAUUCUUCAGUUGCUGGACUUGGUGGAUGCCCAUAUGCCGCUGGUGCUUCAGGAAAUGUUGCAACGGAGGAUCUACUGUACUUCUUGGAGGGCGAAGGAUUGGAAACUGGCGUAGAUUUACGUAAAAUAGUGGAAAUUGGUGAUUACAUCAGUAAAGAACUAAAUAGAACAAACCAGUCAAAGACUGCAGUGGCUAUACUUGCCAAAAAGAAUUAUCAGAAAUGCUAAUCUAUAUUUAAUGACAUUAUAUUUAAGGAUACUUUCUAACAUGUACAAUUACAAGUUUAGCUAUAAAAUAGAAAAAAUUCUAGGACUUUGAAAAUACUGUAUUCAUUGGCACAAUGUUCAUCUGUAUUUUUUUGCUGGAAAGCAUUCUAAGUUUAAUAAGUGCAAGGCAAAACCAAAGCAUUUUACAUU